AUGUCGAAAUGGGCGACGAUCAAAGAUGGGGACAUAGUUUUGAAAAAAGCGUCCGAGUAUGGGGCGGUGGAGAUAUGGAUGAACGAGCGUGUCCGGAGGGCAUGCGCAAAUAGCUGUGCCGAUUUUAUUUAUGGAUUUCUUGAGAGUUCUGCAAAGAAAGGAGCCGAGUAUUGGCUCAUAUGGAAGUUCGAAGGCGAAGCCACACUAGCUGAUUUAUUACAGAGCAAAGAAUUUCCUUACAAUGUAGAGGCAAUGAUUCUUGGAGAGGUACAGGACCUGCCAAAGGGGAUAGAGAGAGAAAAUAGAAUCAUACAGACAGUUAUGCGACAGCUCUUAUUUGCAUUAGAUGGUCUGCACUCGACUGGGAUCGUUCAUAGGGAUAUUAAGCCCCAAAACAUUAUGUUCUCUGAAGGUUCCCGUACGUUUAAAAUUAUUGAUCUUGGAGCUGCUACUGAUUUGAGAGUUGGCAUCAAUUACAUUCCAAAAGAAUUUCUAUUGGAUCCUAGAUAUGCUGCACCUGAACAAUACAUAAUGAGCACUCAAACUCCGUCUGCUCCAUCAGCUCCCGUUGCAACUGCACUUUCCCCUGUCCUUUGGCAGUUGAAUCUUCCCGACAGAUUCGACAUCUACAGUGCUGGCCUCAUAUUUCUACAAAUGGCAUUCCCGGCAUUACGUACAGACAGUGCGCUUAUACAGUUCAACCGCCAACUCAAAAGAUGCGAUUAUGACCUAGCCGAGUGGAGGAAGACUGUUGGGCCCCGAGCCAGCACCGAUCUCAGGCGGGGAUUUGAGUUGCUGGACUUGGAUGGGGGCAAGGGCUGGGAGCUGUUGCAGUCCAUGGUCCGGUACAAGGCUCGUCAGAGGACCAGCGCUAAAGCGGCCCUGGCCCACCCCUACUUUGAUAAAGAAGGCCUGCUGGCUUUUGAGGCAGCCAAGUGGAUCAUUCAGCUUAUGGCUAAAUCUGGAACUCAGAGAGACGGUGGAUUUACGGAGGCUCAGUUGCAGGAGCUCAAGGAAAUCGAGCCGAAGAAAAAGUCGAGCGCACAGAGGAAUGCACUUGCUUCGGCUCUUCGGGUCCAAAGGAAGAUUAUCCGGACUAUAAACGAGAGUGUGGAUGAGCUCAACCGGCGUCGUAAGAGCUUAUGGUGGAGCAGGGCAUCUGGCAACGGGGUGGGCAGCGGUCGACUUGCGAAGGUCGCAACCCAUCAGAGGUCGGGGCCCCUCGAAGGUCGCCGAAUAGAGCUCGAAGGUCGCCGGCUGUCGAGGUUUGCAGAUCGACCGGGGUUGAGGAUCGCGUUGCGAUUGGGUGUCGAAAAGGUUAAAACUCGUCGGGAAAUGGUCUAG